AUGGGUGCCGGACAGUCAAACGCCUCAACAACACCAAAAAUCGACGAGCCGAUUCGCCCGAGUGAGACCCCGGAAGAGUACGCGACACGGCUACGAAACGCCCGACGCAAUAUCGCUCAGGUGCAAUCGAACCAACCGGCCGCCGGCUAUCAAUCAGAAUGCCCGUCGUCUGGUGCGCAAGCUGGUGGCGGAUGUCCUGUACCACAUGCUGGAGUCGAUCCGGCCAACAAUGAACUUGCUCAUCCCAAUCAAAAGCCGGCUCCCGAUCAACCGUUUGCCUUGUCUACGGAUCGCCAAAAGUCAACCAUUCCACGAGCCGGUACUGAAGCCACAUGGGUCUACCCAUCACCGCAAAUGUUCUGGAAUGCAAUGUUGAAGAAAGGCUGGCGCUGGGAGGACGAUCAUCUGAGCCAAAAGGACAUGGAGAAUAUUAUUCGGAUUCACAAUGCGAACAACGAGGAAGCCUGGCGAGAGGUGCUCAAAUGGGAAUUGCUUUUACAUCCUGAAUGCGGAAAUCCGCAGCUGAAGAGUUUCAAGGGAGACGCGCAGAAUUUGUCGCCUAGGGCACGUUUCCGUGGAUGGCUUGGCUAUCAAUUGCCGUUUGAUCGUCACGAUUGGAUCGUUGAUCGAUGUGGAGAGGCUGAGGUUCGCUACAUCAUCGACUAUUACGACGGGGGUGCGGUUGAUCCGAAGAGCAAGCUGUUCACGCAUUUGGACGUUCGACCAGCGAUGGAUCGAGCCGGAAAUGCGUGGGAUCGAAUGGUUGUCACCUAUUGGCGCUGGAAGUGGGAGCUGAGCGAGCGCUUCGGUUUCAUCGCUCCACCCGCCAUUCCACAAAUGGGUGGCGGUCAUGAUGUGCAUCACAUUCCGCCAACAAGUCCAACAUCCACAGCAUCAUCAUCAUCGGGAAAACAA